AUUACAAAGGUUAUUUCUUAAAACAUUCCAGAUGCAAUAUCGAUGCCAUCGAUCAGCUACCCACGGAUUCCAUGAAAGUUCUUUAUAGGGCUCUCUUAAGUUAUUUUGAUGACGUUGCAAAUGAAGCUGGCAAGAAUGGAAAAUCCUUUAGUGCUGUCAAUUACGUGAAGGAGGAGAUGAAAGAGAUGAUAAGAGCCUACAUAGUCGAGGCUCAAUGGUGUAACGAUCGUUUUGUGCCGCCAUUGAAUGAGUAUGUGCGCAAUGGAAAUAUCUCGAUUGGUUUUAUGGCAACGACAACAGUAUUCUUCGUAGUUGAAACUGCAAGAAUCAAAGAAUUGGAAUGGUUAACAAGUAAAGCAAAAAUCUCCGAGGCAGGAUGUUUGUUUCUCCGCCUUAUGAAUGACAUAGUGACCCAUGAGUUUGAACAAAAGAGGGAGCAUUGUGCUUCUGCAAUUGAAUGCUACAUGAAAGAAUAUGGAGUCUCCAUGAACGAGGCAGUUAAAGAGCUUCAGAAAACAUGUGCAGAUGCAUGGAAGGACAUUAACGAAGACUGCUUGAAGCCCGCUGCCAUCUCCAUGAAUCUCCUUAACGUGUGUGUCAACAAUGCACGUGCAACAGACGUCGUUUAUGAGAGCAAUGAUGCCUACACAAAUGCAUCAUGCUUGAAGGGUCGCAUCAGUUUAUUGUUCGUGGAGCAAAUACCCCUUUAAAGCUAAAAUGUUGAGCUCCCACAUGUCAUGCCAAUGAAACCAUCGGUGUGAGUGCUGCAAAAUGUUUCCUGUAAUUAAUAUAUUGAGAGAUAGGACGUACCAUUAAUUAAUAAUCUCCCAUGCAUUGUGUGUUUAUGCAUUUGUGUGUGUGUAUGCUUUCGGUAAGAACUAAGUAGUUGGUCAAUGUUUUCUGUGAUAAAAUGAGAGACAUUAAUGCUCUACUCCUCUCUCUCGUAUGCUAUUUGUAGUAUCCUACUUUAAUAAAGAGUGCAAUGCUUUU